CACGAUGACAAACUUCGAAGCCAUCUCGCUGAAGCCAUUGCACGUUGUUGCAGCUGGGGCACAAACCGGAUAGAGUUCGGCCGGCUAAAUGCAGUUGCCUCGCUGGCCACUUAUUUGCAUUCAUCUGAUCCUCUGGUACACCGUUCGACUGCACGAGCUCUCUUUCAACUGAGCAAGCAUCCCGUUAACUGUGCCACAAUUCACGAGGCUGGCGCUGUCCGCUUGCUAAUGAAAAUGGUGGGAUCUCAGGGUUGGUCAAACCACAGAGAACGUUCCUAA